AUGGGGAAGCGCGAGAUUUCACCCUCGUGUCCUGAAAAUGGCCGACCUAAGCGUCUAACCCCGCUGUCAGACCCGAAUACUCACGCGAGGAGAUUUUCAUGUGGGCAAGGAACGCGUUUGGACGAUACCAUGAAUCCAGUACGGAGCAGUCCUGUGUCCCACCGGGCAUUUAUUGCGCUAGGCAGUAAUGUCGGAGAUCGCAUCGAAAUGAUCGAAAAGGCUUGUCUUGAGCUGGACCGAGCCAACAUCCAGGUUAAGAGGACCAGCUCACUCUUUGAGACAGAGCCUAUGUAUGUGCUGGACCAAGCACCAUUCAUGAACGGAGUUUGCGAGGUUGAAACUACUCUUGAACCAAUGGAGCUUUUGGAUGCCCUCCAGUCCAUCGAGAUUGAGUUGGGUAGAAAGAAGCUUAUUGAUAAGGGUCCACGCUCAAUCGACCUAGACAUCUUAUUGUAUGAUCAAGAGGUCUUCUCCCACGAGCGUCUCAAUGUCCCGCAUAGUUUAAUGCUGGAACGAGACUUCGUUCUCCGGCCUCUCUGCCAAUUAAUUCCCCACGAACGCCCGCCUCAAUCAGAGAAGAACACACAUACAUACAGUGAAUACCUUCAAUCUCUACCCCCACCAUCGCCCACCCCCUUCUCAACAAUCCCAAUUUCGCCAAAAUUCCCAACCUUGCACGCAACAGAUCCAAAGCGCAGCACUCACAUCAUGGCCAUCCUAAAUUUAACCCCAGACUCCUUCUCUGACGGAGGCAAACACUCCCCCCAUGACAUGACCUAUAUUACCGAAACAGUGCGCACCUUCAUCACUCAAGGCGCAACGAUUAUCGACAUCGGCGGAGAAAGCACUCGCCCGGGCUCAAAGCCCGUUGGUGCAGACGAGGAAAUCGCCCGCGUAGUCCCUGCAAUCAAACACAUCCGGGCUAACAUUCCCGAAGCGGCACACAUCGCCAUCAGUAUCGAUACGUACCGUGCCAGCGUGGCUGAAGCAGCGUGUGCCGCCGGUGCAGAUAUCAUCAACGAUGUCUCAGCCGGAACCCUCGACCCCGAUAUGCUGAACACAGCAGCACGGAUCAACAAGACCAUUAUCCUUAUGCAUAUGCGUGGAACACCGCAGACAAUGACCACACUAGCGGACUAUCCCAAUGGGGUCAUCCCAGAGGUAGCCUCCGAGCUACGCGAGCGCAUCGCCGCGGCCGAAGAGGCUGGUAUUCGACGCUGGCGCAUUAUCCUAGACCCCGGUCUUGGAUUCGCGAAAAACCAGCCCGAGGACCUAGAGGUCCUGCGUGAGCUCUCAAAGCUGCGUGCCGCCGAGGGACUGGAGUAUCUCCCCUGGCUGAUGGGACCGAGUCGAAAACGGUUCAUUGGGCAUAUUACUGGCGUGAAGACUGCCCGUGAACGUGUUUGGGGAACGGCUGCUACCGUCACGGCGAGUGUUGCGGGUGGAGCGGAUAUUGUUCGAGUGCAUGAUGUGCAUGAGAUGUGGCAGGCGGCUAGAGUGGCGGAUGCUAUUUAUCGUGUUGAGUGA